ACGUUGGUAUCGCUUACUGUCAUGGCUCCUUGAACGAGUGGAUGUUUGCAGCUGAACGAUAUCAAAAUCUUUGGGGGAAGAUACUGCUUUUCUCCGCUUUUUUAAGCAGAAAUUGUUUUGUUUUUUUUUAACGGCUCGAUUUUUGUUUAGAUAAAUUAUUAUGGCGGGCAGCAGUACGGCUCAGAAAACAUGGGAGCUGUCCAAUAGCAUGCAGGAAGUUCAGAGCAUUGACGAAAUUUACAAAUAUGACAAAAAGCAACAGCAAGAAAUACUCGCUGCGAAGCCGUGGACGAAAGAUCACCACUACUUCAAGUACUGCAAAAUCUCAGCUUUGGCCCUGUUGAAGAUGGUGAUGCAUGCCAGGUCCGGAGGAAACCUGGAGGUGAUGGGCCUCAUGCUGGGGAAGGUGGACGGUGAAACCAUGAUCAUCAUGGACAGCUUUGCUUUACCCGUGGAGGGCACAGAGACCAGAGUCAACGCCCAGGCGGCCGCCUAUGAAUACAUGGCUGCCUACAUCGAAAAUGCCAAACAGGUUGGCCGGCAGGAGAAUGCUAUAGGCUGGUACCACAGUCAUCCGGGCUAUGGAUGCUGGCUCUCAGGCAUAGAUGUCAGCACUCAGAUGCUCAACCAGCAGUUUCAGGAGCCUUUUGUUGCUGUUGUGAUCGACCCCACUCGGACUAUUUCUGCAGGGAAAGUCAACCUCGGUGCCUUCAGAACAUACCCGAAGGGUUACAAACCCCCCGAUGAGGGACCCUCAGAAUAUCAGACUAUCCCCCUGAACAAGAUUGAAGACUUCGGUGUUCACUGUAAACAGUAUUACGCCUUGGAAGUGACUUACUUUAAGUCCUCCCUCGAUAGAAAGCUCCUGGAACUCCUUUGGAAUAAAUAUUGGGUUAAUACUUUAAGUUCCUCAAGUCUCCUCACGAACUCGGACUACACCACGGGCCAGGUGUUUGACCUGUCAGAGAAGCUGGAGCAGUCGGAGGCCCAGCUGGGCAGAGGCUGCUUCAUGCUCGGAUUGGACACGCAUGACAGGAAGUCUGAGGACAAACUGGCCAAAGCAACACGAGACAGCUGUAAGACAACCAUAGAGGCAAUUCAUGGUCUGAUGUCUCAAGUCAUUAAGGACAAACUCUUCAAUCAAAUCAACACAUCUGCCAAUUAAACCAGAGCCACAAGCCAUUUGAAUUUCACCUGGAAAUAUGUUCUUGUGCAUGCCCGGCGCUUAGUGAUUUAUGGUGUGUUUAACUAUUAAGAGUAGCAUCAUCUUUGGUUUAUCUUAGGAGUGCUUUUCUAUCCUUUUUUUUCUUUCUUUUUUUUCUCCUUCAUGUAAGUAAGAAGUAGAGGACACAUGCAAAAAAAUAAAACUUUAAAUAAAAAA